GUUGGUUGGAACCGCGUGCGGAGUCUAGAAAAGUCCUGGUGUGGUGUCAUCGGUUCAGCAGUCUAUGGCGUAUGAGCAGACAGAUAUUAAAGAACAUGCUCCUGUAGGAAAGGAACACAUAGAGGAGCUACCGGCCAGCACAUCUCAUGCUCCAACUGAUUCUCUUUGGACCGCUGAUGCUGGAAGCUCAGUAAGACUGAGAAUUGAAGAAAACUGCCCAGAGGAACCCCUCACAGUUCAUCAAAUGUUCAAAGCCUCAGUUGAAAAAUACGGAAACAUGUUUGCACUCGCCAGUAAGAAAAACAACAAAUGGGAAAAGAUCACAUUUUUAGAGUAUUAUCAGUUUUGCAGGAGAGCUGCCAAGAGCUUCAUCAAGCUUGGUUUAGAGCGAUUCCAUGGAGUGGCAAUACUAGGAUUCAAUUCAGCUGAAUGGUUCUUCUCUGCAGUCGGUGCCAUCAUGGCAGGAGGAAUAAUGACAGGAAUUUAUGCCACAAACUCCCCAGAUGCCUGCCAGUUUGUGGCCAGUGACUCUAAAGCCAACAUUAUUGUGGUGGAAAACCAAAAACAGUUGGAUAAGAUAUUACAAGUACAAGAAAGAUUGCCCCAUUUAAAAGCCAUCGUGCAGUACAGUGGAUUCCUCCAGCAGAGGAUACCAGAUCUUUACUCUUGGGAGGAUUUUAUGGACCUGGGUCUAGAUGUUUCUGACAAGGAAUUGGAUAACAUUAUUGAAAGCCAGAGAGCCAAUCAGUGCUGCGUUCUGAUUUACACAUCUGGAACUACAGGAAAACCAAAAGGAGUUAUGCUCAGUCAUGACAAUAUCACGUGGACUGCCAGUCAUGCCAGCAAGGCUGCGGACGUACAGCCGGCCGACACUAAACAAGAAUCAUUAGUGAGCUACCUGCCUCUCAGUCACAUUGCUGCUCAGAUUUAUGAUCUCUGGACAAGUAUCCAGUGGGGAGGGCUGGUGUACUUUGCACAACCAGAUGCAUUAAAGGGAAGCCUAAUAAAUACACUGCGUGAAGUAUGUCCUACAUCCCACAUGGGUGUGCCACGGGUAUGGGAGAAAAUGAUGGAAAAGAUAAAACAGGAAAUUAGUGAGUGUGGAUACAUGAAAAAGAAACUGGUAACGUGGGCCAUGGCUGUCAGCCUGGAGGCCAAUCAAAAGUGUAUGCAAAAGGAUGAUGAGAAGCCGUUCCUCUUUUCCCUGGCUAACAGCCUUGUACUGCAAAAGCUUCGGGCUGAGCUAGGCUUCUCAUGCUGUCAGAAGUUCUUCUCUGGUGCGGCACCAAUCGGUACUGAAACCGUGCAGUUUUUUCUUGGCCUGAACAUCCGUUUGUAUGAGGCUUAUGGCAUGAGUGAAAGCACAGGACCUCACUUUAUGUCAGGCCCCCACACUUACAAACUACCAAGCUGUGGUAAGGUGGUGCCAGGCUGUCAAUACAAAAUAAUCAACAUAGACUCUGAGGGGACAGGGGAAAUCUGCUUUUGGGGACGCAACAUUUUCAUGGGAUUUCUCAAUAUGGAAAAUGAAACAAAAGAGGCUUUGGAUGAAGAUGGGUGGCUGCGUUCAGGAGAUUUGGGGAAGAUAGAUGACGAUGGUUUCUUGUACAUCACAGGGAGAAUAAAAGAGCUCAUCAUCACAGCUGGAGGGGAAAAUGUACCCCCUGUUCCCAUAGAGGAUGCAGUGAAGAAGGAGCUGCCCAUCGUCAGCAAUGCCAUGCUGAUAGGAGACAGAAGGAAAUUCUUAUCAAUGCUUUUAACUCUGAAGUGUUGCAGUGAUAUGGAAACCAUGGAGCCAACAGAGGAUCUGAGUCUGGAGGCUGUGGAGUUUUGCCGCCAGCUAGGCAGCCAAACAACCAAGGUGUCUGACAUUGUUGAAGGAAAAGACAAGGAAGUUUACCAGGCAAUUCAAGAGGGGAUCGACAGAGUCAACUCUACAGCUACAUCUAACGCUCAACGUAUACAGAAGUGGAUAAUCCUAAAAAAGGACUUUUCUGUCUCUGGAGGAGAGCUAGGUCCCACGAUGAAGCUUCGCCGCCCUGUUGUCUUGGAGAAGUACCACAACUUCAUUGAGGGCCUCUAUCAAGAGUAGAGUCAUAUUUCUAGUGAGCUGUUCUUCCAUUUAAUUUUGUGUGUUUACAUGUGCACAAACUGCAAAAAUAAUUCAGAAACCAUAUUUAAUUUUUCAAAUAUUUAAACAAAAAAAAACAGCUUUUCUGGUAGUGAAGAACUUAGCACUAAAUGAACCAUUUGUUGCCUUUUCUUAUAUUAGUAAAAGAAAAAUCUGAUAUUGUAUUUCGUGUAAAAAAUAUAGUGGUCUGAAUCCAUUUAGCUAAAAAUUGUGCUCCACUCUUGUCUUUCAUUAGAAACAUAAUUAGCAAAUGACUUAAAUACCAACCAUCACAGCAAAGCAGAAUAAUGUCCAUGACAAUAAUUUAUUAGCAGUGAAUAAAAAGUAAAACAUUUCUGAUGGCAUUAUAACAUUUAUUCAUUUCCCUUUAUAUGUUUGUAGCAAGAAAAACACAAUGACAGUAGAACAUUUAGUGCAAAACAUGUGUGAGCUUGAUGCAAUGGAAGCUUGGUUAUGUGAAAA